AUGGUGAGGACGCGCAGCAGCCUGCCGGGACCUCUGGUCCCGAGCCCUCGAAUCUCAACAGGCAGUUCUUUACCCAGUAUUCCCUUGGAUCCAGUGUCUAGCGAGUUCAGCCUUGGCCGCAAAAGUAGCUUCUAUUCUGAGACUUGGACAGAAACUUUAAAGACAGUUUCUUUUUUGGGAAGAAAAAGGUCAUUACCUGAAAAUCCUCCUCCAAGGAGCAGUUCUUUAGUGGGGAAGAUGAAGACAGUUCAAAGUGGAAAAGUCUACAGACAGAUCUUUAACGAUGAGGUCCAGCUUCUCCGUUCCUUGGCAAACAGUCGAAAAAAGGCAGUAGAACAUGCUGGGUCUUUGAAGAGUGGAAAGAUCCCUCUGAUCAGGAAUUCUGAAAUACCGACAGGUCAACUCUUAUCUCCUCGUCAGAAAAUGUGGGCUCAGGCUCUGCCCAAUGACAAAUCCGUAGAAAACCCUGUUUUGUACAGGGAAAUCCAAACAGCUACCAUUAAAAAGAGUCGAGAAACUGAAGAUGUGAUUGCAGCCCGAGAAGUGAGAGGCCUAAGUGACUUUAUUGUUCCCGAGAAGAUUAAUAGUGACAUCAUUCAGCGGCUAGAUAACCGAAAAAGACUCGUCUGUGAGGCCAAUUUGAGAAAUUUACAGAAAGAAAUAUCACAGAUUGGGAUGGAGAUGGAAUCUCUUAUCAAGAAGCCUGGAGAGGAGCUUUUGACAAAACUGUCAGAUAAUGAUGAAAGUAUUGACGUUCUCUUCAAAGAAAUUGAAGAUAAUAUAGAAUUGGAAACUUUCAAAAUUCAGAAUUUGUGCGAACUAUGGGAUGAGUUAAGCAAGAAAUUCAUAAAUAGAAGAAAAUGGAUUAAAAAUUUUGAUGAGAGACUGAAAAAACUUGAAGCCUGCAGAGCUGAGAAAUUAGGGAAAGUGCUGAAGAAAUACAUGGAAAUUUUAAAAAAUAAUGCCUACCUCCUCUACCCUGAUGUUGAAAGGCUGAUUCAUAAAGAAGCUAUGAUCAUAAACCAAGCCCUACUGGGAAAUCAAAGAGCCAUUGCUAAACUGUUUGUUAAUCUGGUGGAGUCUAACCUAAAGCAGGAAAUCAGUAACCACCACAAGUGGCAAGAUCUGAUGAAAUUCUGGAAGAACAUGAAGAAAGAAUCAAUGAUUCGGAAUUUCAGGGAAUUCAUGGAAAGUGAGAAGAUCCAGCAUCCUCCAUCUGUAAAGCUAGAAAUGGAUAUCAUGAUAAGGGAGCUGGAAAGAUUAAACCAAAAGCGGAUCAAAAUUCUCAACUCAUUUAGUGAUGCUCUGCCUCCAGCCUACACAAGAGACGGCUUGAAUCGAUGGUAUGCUUCUCUUCAGGCUUCCAAUAAAGCCUUAGAUUACUGCAUUGGGGAGAGCAUGAAGAAGAUUCGCCUUCGGAAUGAAGAAAAUUGGCAGGAGUGUAUGGACUUUGUGGAACAGUGCAAGAAACAACUACUGGACUGGAAAGUUUUCCCAUUGGAAGAAAUAGAAUAUUCCAUAAGUCACUCCUUCUUCCAGAUAAUAGGAAACCUCCAGAGUCAAGUGGAAAGUGAACUGGAAAUGAUGAGUAAAGCUCUCGAGGAGGCAGCUAGACAGGCAGAAGUACAGAUCCAAGAUCUAUUCACGUAUUUACAGACAACUCUUCACCUCUGGGAGGUCCAUCAGAACCACCUGACCCAGGAAGAAAUCAAUCUUGAGAAGAGACUAGAGCAGUAUCGCUAUAAACACAAUUAUGAGACUGAGUUGAAGGAAACAAGCCUAGAUAUUGUUCUGGAUCAGAUGAGACAACAAAACAGUGAAGAUGUUUUGAUUCAUCACCUGGACAAGGCUUACUUUCUGCUUUUUGACAUUAAAAAAAAGUAUAAAAAUUUUCAUGAUGACCUCAUAAGUGAAGUAAACGGCUAUCCAUUUUCUAUACUGAAAGUGUUGCAGGACUACAGCAUUUCUCUCAGUCAAUAUUUUCAUGUUAGAGAAAUCUAUGAACAGAACAUGGAUGGUGAGGUGAUAAUACGGUUUAGAGAGCCAGCUAAGGUUCUCGAAGAGAGUCCCUCUCAUCUAAAAGAUAUCAUAAAAAAAGUCUUCAACCUUGAAAAGGAAAGCAAGAUACCUCCUCCUGAGAGUGGCGAUAUGACAACCUUGAGCAAAAGUAAAAGCAACGCCAACUUCCUGACAGAAGCGAAGGAAAUCCAAGAGUGCCCAGCUUCCGAAAUGGAGGAGGAUGCCAAGAGCUCAAAAGAUAGAGUCAUAAGUGAGAAGACACAGACCUUCAAAGAAAGUCUUUCCCAGGAACCUGGAGAACUAGAGACCCCAGGAGAAAGCUUGGCAGAAGCUAGCAAACACCUAGUAGACCAGACAGAGAAUGAGACACAGGAAAGCCUCGAAGUCUUGUCCUUCCACGAGGUUCAGCCUGUGACUAUGUCAGAGAAGGAAAAUAUAAUUGAAAGCUCUGAUGAAGGGUUUGAGUCCUUUGUAACUUCCAGUGGGAACAAGUAUUUGGUCUUUUCACUUCCUGAAGAAGCUGAAAGUAAAUUGCUCCAUACUACAUUAUCUGAUGCAUCACUGGAUGACACUUCUCAGAAUACUGCCGCAUACCUGCAACAUGUGAUUUUACCAUCCCAACUGUUUUCAAGAUUAAAAAAACAAAUCCGCUAUGAGUUUUUUGAAUGCCUUGAGAAGUGGUUUGGCCAGUCCUUGACCAACUCCAAGAUCAUUGUUGCUGCCAAGACUGAGGAGCUGGAUUCAGAAUUGGAGCUGCGUCUCUGUUUACAUAAACCAAGGAUUAAAUACAUAAAGAUGGGCAUCUACAACGUCAGAGCAGCCGAGUUAUUGUUUCAUCAAGAACGGCUCGAUCGUCACUGCGCCGGCAUCUUGGAAACGCUGAAAAAAGAGAGGAUCCUGUUCUAUAAAUUCCAGGAAGAACAAAACACCAAAAACAGAAACUUCCAGAAUUGGAUGACUAACAUAGAAGAAGCUUUCCUCAACUCUACCACAAGUCAGAAUCUGACUCUGUUCAGCUCUAGCCUGCACAGAGAGCUGCUGUCUUACGUGGAUGUCAUGCAGGUGUCCAUUCGUGGUUUCCGACAAUACGUAGAAGAAAACAUGGAGAAACUCCGAUUUGCAAAUACGGAUUUUCUGAAAAAAUGCAGAUUGUUUUCAGAGGGUGGGAACUUCUCCCCUGAUGAAUUGAGUGCAUGUUGUAGUCGACUAGAAAAGGAAUCCUUACGGAUUGAAUUUGUUGAGAGUUUUAUCAUGGUGAAAAUGGAGAAAAUGGAGAGUGAAUAUAUAGAGCAGGCAAAUGAGAUCAUCAACAAAUUUGAAAGUAAAUUUCAUAACCUAUCAGUGGAUCUCAGUUUUAUAGAGAAAAUCCAGCGAUUCUUGACAAAUCUGCAAGUGAAUAUCAAGGCAGAGGUAUCCAAAUCUAAUUUUCAAACCCAGGCACUAAAUAAUGCUCUGGAAGAACUUCGCCACAAGAUAAGUAUUUGUGGUCAAGAAUUUGAGAACCAAAAAACUGUGAGUGCAGAAGACUUAUUUGGCUUUUCCAGACAGGUGGUGGAUAAACUAACCCAAAGGAUUCAGUAUCUCAAUUGCCAUUUGGAUAACCAGGGUCUUGGGGCAAGCACAGAAAAGGAGACUCUUAUCUUUGCAUCUGUUGCCGUUUCUGAUGAGGAAAACAAGCCAGAAAUGUUUAAAGAUAUGCUUUUUCAGCCCAGCCAGAUGGGAAAAUCAAUGCUUGAUGAUGUGGCUGUGGACUUAAUAAAAAACAUCCUUCAACUCCCAGAGCAAAGGCGUGAUCAAGAGCAUGGCACCAAGGGUAAAGGGAAAGGUACAAGACGACAGACUGAAAGCCUCGUCACAACAUUAAAGAAGAUCACAUCAACCGCCAGUACCGGCUCACUGUUAAACGGCCUACCAUAUUCCCGGCCAAACCGACAAGACAAGAAGUAUCAGGUGUUUGGGGAGAAGCCGGAACGUUCUGAUCAUUUUAAAGGCAUCAUCCACUUACUUCUCUGGGAAGGCAAUGACACUUUGCUUUCAGUGGCAGAGGAUUUUUACCGUAAAGAGAAACAUGCUGUUACCAGGCCUGAUUACAUUCAGGAUACUUUUGACCAAUGUGCUGAGGUAUUUGGGAAGAAACUCAUAGACUAUGAGAACCAGGCAGAGGAAUACCAUAAUGCUUGUCUCAUAGAGCUCCGGGAACAAUUGAUGGAGCUUGAGUUGCAGCUGCCUCACGUGUCUCAUCUCAUCAUGGAAAGCUUUUUCCAGCAACAAUGGGAAAGCCUUCAGUCCAGCCAGGCCGAGAUCCAGGAACACUUCAAAGAACAGCUCGAUCAGUGGAUCAAAAUGAGGGAUGAAAAUAACCAACAGCUACACCCAGACCUUGGGCACCCAAAUAAUUCCACAAUUAUGGAUUCUCUCUGCCAAAGGGAAGAACAGAGGCAGAAAGACCAAGAUACUGGGAUUUUAGACAUUUCAAAUAAACUAGAGGAAUGUGCCAAGAAAUCUGCCCGGAAAUUUAUAAGCUCUUUGACCCUCUUGACUGAGAAAUUCCUUCAGCAGCUGGAUGAAAUCCCCACAGUUGAUGAUAUCCAAGAAGCAAAAAUGGAGCCAGUCAGGCAAAAGUCAUCUGUCUUAAUACAUCGGAAAGUUGCUGGACUUCCCUUGGAAGAUGAGAGAGAGAAGCCACAAAGUGAACGAGGGAACAAGAAGUGGCCAGGAAUCAUCCCUACAACAUUCACCAUCAUCAACAAAAUUCACAUCAGACCAACACUUCCGAUAAUAACCACUAAAAACACCCUGGGUCACCAGGCAAUAGUGGAAGCAAGAGAUAUUAUAUAUUUGAGAUAUUUGGAGAAAUUACAGCUGGAUCUGAACAAGAUUAAGGAAGAAAAGGAUAUCCAGCUAACUAAAGCUGAGUGUUGGAAGGGCUGGUGGAGUCUCUCAGUAAAAACCAUUAAGAGCUUAUAUCCAUAACCCCUUUGGAGCCUUUUCUUAUGUGUGUACUUAGGUUUAAGAGACUUUGAAGUUUUUGUUCUGCAAAUAAAA